CUUUUUGAACAGCCAAUCUUUAAGUCAACAUCAUCUCCAUAAAAAAAUAAAUUAAAGAUGCAAAACGACGCUGGCGAAUUUGUUGAUUUGUACUGCCCCCGAAAAUGCUCGGCCAGUAACAGAAUCAUUCAUGCUAAGGAUCAUGCCUCUAUCCAAAUCAACCUUGUCGAUGUUGAUGAGACAACUGGCCGUAUGUCGGACACAGUAAAAACUUAUGCUAUUUGCGGAGAGAUCAGACGAAUGGAGGAAGUUGAGCUAAGACAAGCAAUGCGUGUGACAGUGCUAUACGAUUUCACAAGCCAAAUACAGAACGAGUUAUCGAUCAUUGCUGGUGAGAUAUUGACAGUAACGGAUCAAGAUGUUGGAAAUGGAUGGUGGGAAGGAGUUAACACCAAAGGCAUUAAAGGAAUAUUUCCUGCUUCAUGUAAGUUUUUGAACUUUGCAACUUAUCGCGGUGAUGUCAUCAUGUCCGGAAUUUCUGUUUAUUUCGCAGAUGUUGAAGAAAUUCAAACCCCAUCUCGACCAGUCGCUCCACCAAUAGUUCCACCAACAUCGAACUCGCUUUAUGGAAAUGUGCCUUCAGAAGAUCCUUGGUCACAGCCCGACCCAGUAGUUCCACCAUCAUAUCAAAAUGCUCAACAGCAAUCGGCUAAUUCACAACAUCGCUACGAUUAUUCAAAUGAUGACAAUUAUGACUUUGACAGUGAUUUUGAUGACGAGGAAAAUGCUGGGCGUUAUGCACCAUCAAGUUCUUCAAAUACUGCUGGUUUUGGAUCCAAUUUGCCACCAACACCUGACGAUACCCAUUCAAUGGCAUCCAGUAAUGUUCCAAUAACUCGAAAGACUUCUAAAAUGUUUUCAAAGUCAUCAGACUCUUACAUUAUGGGCACUGCAAGUCCAACAGUUCCUGAAAACGAGCAGGUGCAUAUCUACAUGAACGAUCAAGGAAUGUACUUAUGGAAGCCUCUUGAGACUCGUUACACAGUCACUGUGACAUCGCCAAAAAUGGAAUCGAAAUUCAAAGGGAUAAAGAAAUUUAUUGCUUAUCAGUUACAACCAAGUUUUAGUAGUGAACCAGUUUCGAGGCGUUAUAAGAAUUUUGAUUGGCUACAUGAGCGGCUUGUGGAAAAGUUUUGCCUCAUUCCCAUUCCACCAUUACCCGAUAAGCAAAUUUCCGGACGUUACGAAGAACAAUUUAUUGAGCAUCGUCGUGCACAACUUCAACAAUUUGUUGAUUGGGUUUGUCGUCAUCCAAUUUUAUCGAAAUGUGACGUUUGGAUGCACUUCUUGACAUGUCGAGAUCAGAAAAAAUGGAAAGCUGGGAAGAGAUCUGCUGAAAAAGAUCCGCUUAUGGGAUCGACAUUCUGCGCUGCCAUUCGGAUAACACCAGAGAAAGCUUUGUUGCCAACUGUCGUUGAUGCUCAGAUUGAAAGUUGUAAAAAUUUUACAUAUUCAAUGGAUGGUGCUGUUAAGAUGUUGGAAUCAGCAAGCACAGAUCAAGCUGCGAAAUAUUCAAAUCUUUAUCGAAAAGAUUAUCAACGAUUGGGCGAUUGUUUUAGUGAAUUAGCGAAAUCUCUUGACAUUGACGAACGUCGUAUGAGUACCGGAUUUUCUCUUUCACAAUCUGUUGGCAAUACAGCUGGCAUUUUCAUAUCUAUUGGAAAAAUAUAUGAAGACCAAGCGCGUCGUGAUUGGCAACCGUUUUGCGAUAAGCUUCAUGUAUAUCGGGGGAUUUUGAGUUCAUUUCCAGACAUUCUAUCUGAGCAUAAAAAUGCUCAACAAAAGCGGAAAGAAUGUGAAAAGCUGGCAUACGAUCAGAAAAUGUCAAAUUUGCAGAUUCAAGAAGUCAACCGUAGAGUUGAUGUAAUGACAGUUAGCGUAUUAGCUGAGCAAUCUCAUUUCAGACAAGAACGUGACACACAUUUGAAAGAAGCAAUGAAAACAUUAUUAGCAGAGCAGAUGGUGGGAAAGAAAAAAGCCAAUCAAUUGGGAAGGUCCCUGAUCAAAAAUCGUUUCAGCAACACACAGAAGAAGAAAGUUGAAGAGAAUAUGCUUCAUGUUGCUGAUUUGAAAGAUGGUUACGACUGGGGUCGUCUUAAUCUUCAAUCAGUCACUGAGGAAGAUUCUUUUCAAGCGUUUCUUAGAACAGCUGAAUUAGCUGGAACAGAAUUUGUUGCUGAGAAGCUGAACAUUCAGUUCGUUAAUCCAAAGUCAAAUGUAGGACUUUUGUCAGAAUCCGAGCGUAAAGAAGCGGAAAAGUUGAUAGAUGAAAGUAAAGGAUUAUUGAAAAUUCCACGAAGACCUAAAUGGGAUAAAACAACAACACCAGAAAUGCUUCAUGCAAAUGAAAAUCAAUCGUUUCUAGAAUGGCGAAGAGAUUUAGCAAUUCUUCAAGAGAAAGAUGAUCUUCUGAUGACACCUUACGAGAAAAAUAUUGAAUUUUGGCGACAAUUGUGGAGAGUCAUUGAAAAAUCAGAUGUUGUGGUGCAAAUUGUUGAUGCAAGAAAUCCGCUCUUGUUCCGUUCCGAAGAUUUGGAAAAAUAUGUUAAGGAAGUUGACCCCAACAAACAAAAUCUUCUUCUACUCAACAAAGCAGAUUUCCUUACAGAAGAGCAGAGAAUUGCGUGGGCGGAUUAUUUCGAUAAACUAAAUAUCCGAGUAGCUUUUUUCUCAGCUGUUGAAGCUGAAAAAUUAGAAAAGAAUUAUGAGAGUGAAGAUUCUGAUGAAGAAUCUGGUGAAGAAGAAGAAACCGAAGUUCUUGAAGAGUUGACAAAAGAUUUGUCUGUUGAUGAAAUCAAUAAUAAGGCUGAAGAAAUCGCAUCAGCAUUAGAUCAAGUGGAACAAGUUCUUGAUGCUAUCAGUAGCAAAAGUGAUGAAAAUCUUCACAAACCAACAGAAGAAAAUGAAAUUCAAACAAAGCUUCAAUUGAAUAAUCCAAAAAUUCUUUCACGACUUGAACUCAUUGAAUUCUUUAAAAAUAUUCGUCAAUCACAUCCAUCGGCAAACGACAAGCAAGCUGUGAUAAUUGGUUUAAUGGGAUAUCCGAAUGUUGGUAAAAGCAGCACAAUCAACGCAUUGCUCCAAGAAAAGAAAGUCAGCGUGUCAGCCACUCCAGGAAAAACUAAACAUUUCCAAACACUUUAUUUGGAGAAAGAUUUAAUUUUAUGCGAUUGUUGUGGCUUGGUGUUGCCAAGCUUUUGUGUCACAAAAGCUGAAAUGAUUCUUAAUGGAAUUUUACCGAUUGAUCAGAUGCGUGAUUAUGUUCCACCUGUCAACACUUUAUGCACAAUGAUUCCACGUCACAUUCUUGAAGAUAUUUAUGGAAUUCUCAUCACAAAACCAUUAGAAGGUGAAGAUCCAAAUCGACCACCGUUUGCUGAAGAAUUACUUCUUGCUUAUGGAUAUAAUCGUGGAUUUAUGACUGCAAAUGGACAACCUGAUCAGUCAAGAGCUGCCAGAAAGAUUUUGAAAGAUUUCGUGAAUGGAAAAUUGCUUUAUUGUAAUUCACCACCAACUAUGAAACAAUUUGAGUUCCACAAAUAUCCCGAACGUCGUCAUGAUGAGCAGCAACUUGAAAAUCUUCCACCUCGUCAACAACGUUCGAUGAAGAUUGUGACGGGAACUUCAAGUAAAGAAAUUGACGCUGCAUUCUUCAAUGUUAACAACAGCACAGCUCAUGUUCAAGGGAGAAAUCUCGGGAAUUAUAAACAAGGCGCACAAAUGAUUGGAUCGACGAGUUCACUGAAUGGUGCUGUAGAGAAACCUUGGAAAGGUCAAAAACGAGAAAAGCGAGAGAAGUUGAGAAGAAAAUAUGCUCAUUUGGAUCAACAUUAAAGAAAUCAAAAUUAAUGAGAAAUGAAAAUUCAGAAAUAAAUUUUUAUUGUUAU